GGAUGAUUCGUGGAGGGGUUCCGGUCGCGAAUUUCACAAACGAAUUUGUUUGUCGUUUGUGUUUUUUUGUCCGUCACAUUGUACAAUGCGUACACAUUUAUUGACGACAGAAUACAAAAACGAUGAUUCGAACAUUCCGACUGACGCUUCCCGUGCCGUGAUAAUGGCAUUAUAGUGAAGUGUACCUACGACGAGCGGUACCCGCGAAAUUCCGCUGCGAACCGACGACCGCAACGCCUCUUACGCGAAUCGCGCGUAAUUGGCACGCACUAUAAUAUCAUUAUUGUCGCGUCAGCUGUUUGUAUAUUAUUAUUGAACACUUGGCCUCCUUAUCUUAUUCGAGAGCCUCUACAACUCCCGAGAGAGCGCCCCGUCGAUGUGUGGCGUUGACGGAUUAGAAGUAAAUACAAUUUUUGAAAAAAAACAACAACAAAUAACAAUAAUAUUACUACUACUACGUUCCCCGUGGACGCCGUUACGCGUAGUAAUUUUGGCGCUCGUUCGAUGUCCAACGACCGGCCGAGACGCGCACCCCGUUCCAACGACAGUUUGUGGUCCCGACUAUGAAAAGUCAACUUCAAUGCCACUAGGACAUAAUACACGUAGGUUUUAACGAUUAUUUUUUUUUUAUACAAUAUACUUAUUGUAUUAUUAUGUCUACUUACCCAUGUAACGUAGUUAUAAUUAUUAUAUGAUAUUUAGUCAAUAUGAAAAAACUUUUUUCGAAAAUUGAGAACUCCUCGUCGAAAGAUCCAAACUGUUUUAUCGGUAAACAAUUUACAGUUGGCCGUACGUCCGUAACCGUUGAAGAUGUUAUUGCUGAAGGUAAACAUAUUAUCAUGCCUACCUAAUUUAAAUCAAUUUUUUACAUGUACAUGUACAUGUACUAUAAUAUUUUUUUUAUAAUAUUAUAAUACUUAGGUACCUACCUACUUAUCACGUUUCAGGUGGUUUUGCUGUUGUUUUCCUAGUGAAGAGCAAUAAUAAAAAAUUUGCUUUGAAACGACUAUUUGUCAAUGAUGAAGUGGACUUAGGCGUAGCUAAAAAGGAGAUACAGAUAGCCGUAAGUUCUACUUGUAUAUUUUUCUUACAGUCGUUUUCAAUGUAUUACAAAGAUAAAUUUAUAAAUAUUGUAGGUAAAUCAUUUGACAUAUUGUUUAUUGGUUUACUUUCUUGAUUUUAGAGUAGUUUAAAUGGUCAUAAAAAUAUUGUUGGCUUUAUUGAUUCAAAUAUUGUACGCCAUAGUAAUGGAGUUCAUGAGGUGUUGAUGUUGAUGCCUUACUGUCCAUCAAAUGUUUUAACUCUAAUGAACAACAGGUAAUAAUAAUGUCAGUAUUAUUAAAAUAUUGUACAGCUUAGUAAAAUAAUGAAAUAGCAAUACAUUUUUUUCUAUAAUGUAUUAUAACGUUUUAAGAUUUUGUUUUGUUAAUCUAAUAUUAACUAGAAUUUAAUAACCAUAUGCAUGUUUUUAGUUUAUUUUUUUUAUUUUUUUUUUUUUGCCCUUUUUAUACAUAAUACAUUUUCCCAAAAUUUGUUUAAUAGUUUAACACGUAAAAAGGUCUACUUUAUUAUGUAUGCAUUUUAAAGCCUACAUUUUUGUGUUUAGAGUAUAAUUUUGCAUACCUAUUUAUUAUAUUAUUUAAAUAAUUGCUAUAUUUUAGGAGUUUAUUAAUUGUGUGAUUUAUUUAUGAAAACUACAAUGUUAACAUAUUUUUCUUACAUGAGUAAUUCACAUUUAUAAGUUCUAUUAAAAAAUGCUAUCUAAGGAUAAUACAUCAACUGAUAUAUAAAUAAUUUCUUUUGAAUACUUUUUUUUUUGAAAGUCUACAAUAUAAGUUAGGUAUAACUAUAUAAAUACAGGACAACUACUUAUAAUAUUUAUUUGUAUAAUAUGAAAAAUUGCAUACAAGUAAUAUCUACCUAAUAAGAAUUGUACAAACUGUAUUUUUAUGAUUGAAUAAUGGUCCAAGUAAUAAUUUUAUAAAUAAUAUUAUUUCAUUCUUUAAAAAAAAAAAAAACAAUUUUUAAUUGGCUCAAAGUAGACUAACUACCUAAAUGUUCAUUCACGGUUUUAAUAUAGGUAAUAAACAAUUUUACGGUUGCAAUACUUACUUUCUGUGUAAUUUAAUUUAAAAGUGCAUACUAUUUAUAGUCAUUAUUAAUGAUAAAAUUGUUUGUUUUUACAUUUCUUUGAAAGGUUUAUUGCAUACUGGUAUAUGCUAUUAAUCCAUGCUUGUUGUAUUUCCAUUACAAUAAUAAUGCUGGUUAUUCAAAUUUUAAUUAACUUUACGUUAGAUCCAUUGAAAAAUUGUUUGUUAUUUCUAUUAUAUUUUAGAUUGCAAUCUGGCUUGACAGAAAUAGAAAUUCUUCAGAUAUUUUGUGAUACAUGUGAAGCAGUUAGCCGUCUCCAUCAUUCACAAACACCUAUAAUUCAUAGAGAUUUAAAAAUUGAAAAUAUUUUAAUUAGCGAAAAUGGUCAAUAUUUGUUAUGUGAUUUUGGUUCAGCAACAUCACGUGAACUUGACCCAAUCGUACUAGGAGUACAUGCUGUAGAAGAAGAAAUUAAUAAGUACACCACAAUAUCCUAUCGAUCGCCUGAAAUGGUUGAUUUAUACAAUAAUAAAGUGAUUACUACAAAAUCAGAUAUUUGGGCAUUGGGUUGUUUACUAUACAAGUUAUGUUAUUUUACAUUACCAUUUGGUGAAAGUCCAUUAAAAAUACAAAGUGGCCAGUUCAGUAUUCCAGAAACAUCAGAAUAUUCAAUAAAAUUAAACACCUUAAUUAGUGAGUGCCAAAUAUAUUUAAUAAUAAUGUUUUUAUUUAAUAUAUUGUAUUGAAUAACAAGACUGCUUAAAGUUUUAUACCUUAAGCAGUCUUGUAAAAAACAGUUUUAUUCUAUAGUCAGAAUACCUAUUCAAAUAAAUGUUUGAAAGGUAUUCAUGUAUGUAUUCAAAUACUAAAAGACAUUGUUUUCCUACUGGUUAAUAAUUAAUGUCAGUUUUUGAAUAAUUUGAAAUAAAAUAAUAAAGUGAAGAUACUGGGGACAAGUGUGCCACUCUUAUAGGUGAGAAGUUGAGAAGAUAGAAUAAAUUAAGUUAUUUAAUUUAUAUUCGUCAGCAGCAAAAAAUUAUUGAUAAUGAAAUACGAUUCGGAAUGAAGUUUGGUUAUAGAUAUUUUAUUAUAAUAUUAACGAUUUUUAUAAUUUUUCGAAAUUUGGCUUUUCUAAAUUCUUAAAAAAAAAAAAAAAAUAGUUGACCAUUAAGUACAAAUUGUAUUCACAAGUAUUUACUAAAUAAAAAAAUUAAAAUGUUUAUAAAUGAUUGUCAAUGCUAAUUAUAUUUAGCUGAAUUAUAACAAGAAAAUAUAAUUGAAAAUAAAAAUAAUUCUCUAAGUUAAUUUUCUAGUUAUUAAGAAAACUACUUGAAAAAUCAAAAAACCAACUUUCUCACCCACAAACUAGGUUAGAAAUUCAACAACUAUGAUCAAUGUCAUUUUUUUAUGAGAGCAAUAUUUCUGGUAGUAAACAUGAAGCGUAAAAAUGUAAAAUAAUGAAAUCGUAACUUCGUUAAUAUUUGUACAUUUAUCCUUAAUUUUUGUCAAUUAUUAUGAAAAAUGAUUGGAAAAUCUAAAAUUACCUAAUAAAGGAUAGAAUGCAUUUCCACAGUCACCUAUUUUUCAAAGCGAGACAAUUUUGAUGACACAUAGCUCAAAAUUGGACUAUCCUGCCAAAAGCGGGACGUAUGGUCAUGUUCAGUACAUGGGCCAAUUUUUUUUUUAUUUUAACAAGAAGAAUAAUAGACCAGAAGCCUCACUGAGUUUACUAUUGUGGGAGCUUAUGCAUCUCAAUCUAAAUAUAUACCAAAAAUUGAAUGAACAUUAAUUUUAUUUUAAAUACUAUGGUUAUAUUAAUAACUAUUAUUAUAAUCGAAUGCUAUUGUAUUGUAUUUUGCUAUUAUACUACUACUAUUUCUAUAAUACAAUUUUCAAUUUAAAAUAAUUUUUUUUUUUGCCACAAAUUUUAAACCAUUUUUGGUUAAGAAAAAAGUAUUUUCUACUAAAUAAAAAUGUAAAAAGUAAAUAUUCCAAAUAUGUAUUUGAAUACAUUUUUUUUUUCAUAUUACACUGACUUUAGAAUAUUUUUUAUUAUACAAACAAUAAUUUACAGAAUACAUGUUGGAGCUUGAACCUGACCUGCGUCCUGAUAUUUACCAAGUGUCUUACAUUGCAUUCCAAUUAGCUGGAAAAGAUUGUCCAGUUCAAAAUUUAAAUGUAUGAUUUAUUAACCUAUAUUAAAUAUAAAAAUAAUAUAUUAAGCAUUUAAUCAGUUUAUUUCAUAAUAUCACAUUAAAAUAUUUUAUCUUUUUAUAAUAUUAUAUUCUUUCAGAAUAUUCCCAAUCCAAAUAUUAAUGAAUUAGUUGCAUCAUUUAAUGAAAAACGAGUUCCUCAUACACCAAAAACACAAGUCAAACAAACUUAUUAUCCAUCUACUAUGGUGGAAGGCACUAGUGUGAAUCCAAGGCAAAGACCAAAACCUUUAAAUCCAGGAAUACCACCUUUCAUCUCAGGUUCAUCUCCGACAUUUAAAAGAACUUUACAACCAGCUGUUGAAAUUUUAAAAAAUUCACAUUCACCGGAUUUAUCUCACCAAAAUAAAGUAUCACAACAAAUAUCUCCCCGUGAAAAAGUUGCCCAGGUGUUAUUUCCAACCAAAGGUAAAUAAUUUUAGUUAAAAUUGUUUUGACAAAUAUUGGAUUAACUUGGAUAUCAAAUAUUAAUACAUUUUUGGGGUAUUUAGACUAUGCAGAUCCAUUUGUUGAACCAACAUUUGUUCAAUCUACAACAGCAUCACCUUCAUCAUCACCUUUAAUAUCUAUACCUAAACAUAAAAGAAAUUUUAGCGACACUUCUACGUACUCCAAGUAUGCAUUAGUUAAUCAUCAAUUUAUCAUCUAUUAAAAAGAUUAAGAAAUAAAAAUGUAAACAGCUUAUAACAUUUUUAUUUUGAAAAUCAUUUAAAUUUUUUUUUUUCAAGAUGAUACUGUAAAUUUAUAGGAUAUUUGGUAACGAUAAAAAUCAGUUUUUGACAUCUUAUGGGGAUUCUACAAAAGAAUAUUCUACACCAAUUCAAGAUUCCAGCAGUUUUACGGUUUCUAGUGUAUGUAUUAUAUUCAUUAUGAAUCUAUUUUUUUUAUUUUUUUCAGUGAAUGUAAAUAUUAAUAUAUAUAUAUAUAUAUAUAUAUAUAUAUAUAUAUAUAACUUUCAUACAUAUUAGGUAGAACCUGUAAAUAAUAUAAAUAUAAAAAAAUCGUGGAAUCCAUUUGAAGAACCAUUGUCUUUUCAACAUCAAAUAGAUGAAGAAGAAAUAUUUGACUCACCAUUUACUCGGAUUCCUUUAAAUGAUAAUGGUAAUAAGUAAUUUUAAUAGUUAUAAUUCAAAUUCGUACCAUUAAUACAUAGUUUUAUUUUAAUAAAACAUUUAAUUUUUAGAUGAAGUUAAUGACAAAUCUCAAGAAAUUACUUCAAAAGUAUUGAAAUUGAAUAAAACUGAAGAAGAUCCAUUUGGUUCUGCACCGUUUCCUUAUAAAAGUUGGUUAAACUUAAAUAAUUGUAUAAUUCAAUAAUAAAACAUUUUAAAUGUUUAAAAAUUAUGAAAUAUGUAUUUUAGGUAUUGAUGAAUCUAUGGGAAAUAGUCCUAUUAGAAAAUUAUCACUUAAUGGUAAGUAAAAUAUUGCUUUUAUAUAUUAAAAUGUAAUGCAAUGUAUGUAUAAACUAGCUUUAACAAAAUGAUAUAUGGAGAUUGCCUAUAGUAAUUGUUGUGAAGUGUAUAACAAAAUAAAAUUUAUAAUCAAGUUUUUACUAUUAUUAUUAUUUUUUUUAAUCGGAAAAAUAUUAUUUUCAAAUUAAAAUCUUCUUAAUAACUUCAGUUUAUAAAUAUGAAUAAUUUCUUUUAUUGUUUUACAUACUUCAUAUAUUUUUACUGCAUUCUCAUAGGUAGCCUGAAUAUUUCAUGUGUAUCAGACAUUGUUCAACGAAAUGACUAAUAUUUUAACUAUUAAAUGACAGGUUUUGUUUUUCCAUUAAUUUGAUAAUAUUACAUUUUUAUGUUUUAAUACCUAGCUUUACAUGCCUAAAAUAUUGUAACACUAUUUUAAUAGACAACUGUAUAAUUUAGUAUUAUUCAGUUUAAGUACAAUAAAAAACGUAUAUAUAUCUCAACAGAGUAUAGACUGAGUUUUGGGAUUUAUCUUACUUUUUUUUAUCUGGUGGACACAUUUUUAUAGUUAUUGUUGAAUUUUUCACAAAAUUCUGAGCAUAGUUUAAAUACCAUGGUAUUUCGGGAUUUAUUUUACAUUUAUAAUACUGUAUAAUUCUUAAUCAAUUAAUUAUAUUUAGUUAGACUAUGGUGACAUUUUUAAGUCUACAUUUUAAAUAAAUAAAUUGUUUAUAAAGAAAAAAACCUAUAUUGCAUCACUAUAACAUUAAUACUUACUCAAUAGCUCUAAAUAUUUCAUCUGAUUAAAAUUAAAUGAUAAUUGUUUAAAAUUAAUACUGCUCACAGAUAGGCCACUGUUGUGUGUAAUUUAGAUUGUAGGAUAUGGUUUAGUUUAUAUAUUGUAAUGAUAAAUCAUGACAAAUGAAAAAUGAUUCUGAGUCUGGUAGUAUUAAUUGUGUCUUUUCUCUUGACUUGCUCACUAUAAGAAAUAAAUGAAUCCAAUUAAUUUUGUACUUGAUGCAUAUUAAUAAAAAAAAUUACUAUAGGAAAGCGCCAAAUCCAACUGUAGAAACAUUUAAAAAUCAUAAAUGUACAAUAGAACAAAAGACAUAACCUUGGUAUAUAUGGUAUGAAAAAAACUAUUGUAAAUUUUUUAAUUCUAAACAACUUAAUAUUUAGCUAUUUCAGGAUUCAUUCCAAAUAUGACUAUUCAUAAUUAAUGCCAAAUUUUCAAAACCAUGUCUUUAUUAUUUCAUUCAAUUCAAUAUUUAGCGUUUUAUAUCUCCUUUGUCAUUAGGAAAAGUGGACUUGCCUUUUCUGAAAUGUAAAUUAUACAUAUUUUCAUUGAUAAAUAUAAAAUUGUAAUAAUUUUAUUUUUUUAAUUAGUUAAUAUAUUUUGUAUUUUUUUAAAAAUAUAUGUUUAAGUAUAUACUUGAACAUAAAAUUAAUAUGUAUAAUAUAAUCUCCAAACUGACAGGUAAUAAGAAUAGUCAAUAUUUUUUUAUAUUUUUCUAUUUAAAUAGACUUUCGACAAGGUAUUGAACAGGUGAAAUGAGUUAUCAAAUUAAUUUUUCUUCACCCCCUCAAUAAACCUGAGGACAGAUUGGUCAUUAACUGAAACCCUCCCUAAACAUAGAUUUAAUUAAUUUUAACAUAAUAUGUCUGUACAUAUAUACAUUUUCUAUUAGCAUGAAUAUAGAUGGAACCAUAUCUUUUCCAGAAUAUUCCAAUUAUCCUCUUCUCAAUAUAUAUGUAUAUAUAUUUAAUACACUCAGUAAUAAAAUAAAAUAAUAUUUAUAUUAAUAGGUCAGCUUCUUCUAUCCUAUAAAAAACAAUAUAACAUUUUUUUUUUGGCUUAUUAACCAAGCUUAUGGUUUUACAUAACAAAAUCUCUUAUCUGGUAAUAUGGUGCUUCUUGGUUGGUUCUUUGUAGGUUCGCCACAUGAUGGGAAUCGGGAAUGAUACACAUUUAGCAAUGUCUCACCAUAAAUUGUGCAUAUCACAAAUACGAGUUACGGUGAUUAAAUGUGCAUGAAUUAUUUUUCUUCAACGACUAUUGUACUACUUAAUUCAAUUAUAUAUCAUAUUUUUUAUAGUAGUUAUUUAACCUUUAAUUAUAUAUACUUAUCUUAUACAACUGCAUGUUAAAUAUUGGAUAUCUUAUUAUUAUUUAAAAUAUAUUAAAUAUUUAUUUGACAUUGUUGGUGUUUUUUGCCUUUCAUCUCUUAAUUUUUUAGGCACUGAUCUUAAAAAAAAUGCUGAAAAAUGGAAAACCUACUUCAUUGAACAUAAUUUGAAAUUAGACAGAUUAAUUUUAAACAACGAACCUGACAGUGAUGAGGUUAUUACUGGUUUAGUGGCAACAACUCGUAGUGAUGAUGAACUGGAAUCAAAUGAAUGUUCUUCAACCCCCUUUGUAAAAAUUCCUCUUGAAGAUCGUUCUAAAUAUGAAAAGUUAGCUUGCAAUACAGAUGAAGUUUCUUCAGAUGAUAGUCAAGUAAUGAGUGGUGAAACCAGGAAAAAAUCUUCCAAGCGAAGAAAAAUUCCAGAAUUUAAAUCAACUAGUCGUUUCCGAAAGGACAAAAAAAAUAAAAAACAUCAAGAUGACUAUGACCAAUCUGAUGAUGAUUCUAUUGGAUCUGCUAGUGAUCUCCAAACCCGAAAUGAUGACGAAGAAACAAACAAAAACAUUCCUGAAACUAUGACAGUAAAAGACAGCAUGAUUACCUGUGGCUCAUCAGCAUAUCAUGCUGAAUGUGAAAGCAUGGCUCGGGACGAUAUUCCUCCUUUAAAUGCCCAAGGAGCGACUCGGCUUCGUGAUCCAGUACCUGUUAAAAAUUUUGAUGCAGAACUACCAUUGAUUUCCGAUAACGAAGAAGAGUAUGAAAGUUUAGUUAGUACUGACGUAUUUGCAAUGGCGCCAUUUCCUAAAGCGAAAAAAAAAUGCUCCGAUACAGAUUCAGAUAUAUUCGGCUCUUCGCCAUUCAAAUUAAACACAAAUCCAUUUGAACAGACAGAUUUUACCGAUAGUGUAUAUUUUGAAAAAGAAAAUUUAACAGAAACACCACCGUUUAGAUCUGAACCUAAAGAAGCUAUUUUAGUUGAUUUAAAUCCUCAAGAAGAGCCAGUUUACAUGAAAAUAAUUCCCAAAAUUGUUUCUCAGGUGGCGACUAAUAAAGUGAUAUCUACAUUAACUACAAAUAGUGGCUUUAGCAAUAUGAGUUUUGAAGACUAUUCUAGUAGUGAUGCUGAAGAGUCUCAAGCUCCUGUUUAUACACCCUUUGAAGUAGUUCGACCAACCGAAUGUGAUAUUAAAAGAUCUUCAUUAAAGAGACGUAGUAAUCCAUUCACAUAAAAAAUAUAUAAAUAAAAUAUUUAACCAUAGUCCUUAUGGUAAGUGUAUUGAAGGUCUAUUUUUUUGAUUUCGUUUUUUUUUUUUAACUUCUAUUACAAUGUCAUAAUUUUAUAAUAGUUCACUCAAUUCACAGAAAACACAAAAAUAUUCAUUAAUAUAGCAUAAUUAUGUUGAUUUUGUUAUUAAAAGUACAACGUAAAUACAUCUCCCAUGUAUUCAUAUUUUGAAAACAAUUGUGAUUUUAGGUAUAUUUAAGUGUGAUUUGCAUAGACAAGUAUUAUUAAGCCAAAUAUGAUGGCGAUUAAUGGUCUUAAUUGUAUUGUUAAAUUUUAUUAUUGUUUUAUUAUUAUUAUUAUUAUUAUUAUUAUUAUUACUUAUUUAUUUUUUCAUUUGUUUCAAAACUAUUUGUUGUUUUAUUUAUCUAGUUUCUUUAUAGUCAUUAUUUUAAAUAUUUAAACCAACUGAAUUGUAUUUUAUAGUCAAAUAUUACCUAUCAUUCAAGUAUCCUAUAUUAUGUUUAUACUUUAGCAGCUAAAUGUAUGUUACAAUAAUAAAUUAUUAUAUUCAUAAGUAUACCUAAUGGAUACAGUAUUAUUUUUAGGCAUCUUUUUAAUGGAGUCGAAAAUUGUUUUACGAUGGUUGUAAUUUGUAUGUAAACACUGAAAAUGGAAUUUAUUUAUUUAACAAAAAUUGUUUUUUUUUUUUUUCAUUUCCUUAGAGAAAUGCAAGAAGUACA